AUGCUCGCUCUCCAUCAGCAUACAGACAAGUCUUCGGCGUCGUCCUCCUCUUCUUCCAUUGAGUCGCUGGAGGACGACCUCGACUGUGACGUCGAGCCGCCAGAGAACGAAGCAGAACCCAUUGACAUCCCUCGCCCAGCAACCUGCUUACGCCCACCAUGCCUUAAGAGGACCGGCUCCAGCCCUUCUCAGGGCUCACCCCUCAUGCAGGGUGCGUCUUCUCCGCCUGCCAUGUCAUGGUCGCCGCCCCCCUCGUCUUCCUCCGGUCGAUCUGUCUCCUCACCAACACCUUCGACUGCGCAAGUCUAUUCCUACUCCUUCUCCACACCCCGCUGCUUCUCUGCCACCAACAGCGGCACAGCCACACCGCGCCACGUCCACUUCGAUGCCGACCCGCCAGAGGCAUUUGAUACCCACUCGGCGCAAGAUUACGACCGCUCGCAGAUUGAAUGCACGCAAGGUGGAUCCGAAUUUGACCUGAGGCUGCCGUCAAAGUGCAAGAGGUACAAUGGCGACGGAGAGGAGGAGAUCUCAGAAGCAGAGGAUGACGAGGAUGAGGGAGCAUUCUCUGAGACUGGAUCGGCUACUUCGAACUCGUCCUUUGGUCGAUCGCCCCCCCUCGGCGUCCACGGCAGCACGGGUUGGGCUUGCCUCAAGAGGGGCUCUGUCAUUGGCGGUCUCUCCUCGCGAGGUAACAACUCGACUGAUCCGUCAUCGACGUUGACCACUGGCGCGAGCGAGCUCAGCAGCCUCCCCUCACGAGGCCUGCGCACAGUCGGCGCCCUCUCUGGUCGGGGCAUCCUCAGCUGCACAGCCGCACCACCGUCCCUCUUCGACGAACGCAGCGGUAAGCUCGGCUCAGUCGACGACAGCAGCGGCGACGAUCGCACCAAAACUCCCAGUAGCAACAACAGUGUCAGUCAACAGUCGUCCACAUCAGACGUGGAUGAAGACGACGGUGGAGCUGCAGCCUUCGAAGCAGCCGUCCUGGCUCGCCACUCCACCAAGUCACCAGAUGCCACGCCCAAGCCUAGUCCCAGUAUUGUGCCGCGAUGGGCAAGAUGUACGGACUACUUUGCCGAGCCUGCCGCCGAGGAUCACGAGGUGAAGCCUGCAACAAUGAGUCUCUCAGCUGUUGAAGCGUCUCCUGAAGCGCGCAGCCUCGAAGGAGCUUCGAGGGACGCUGAGGUCCACGACGGUCGACGCUCGCCGCCGUCAAGCGAGUCGUCUUCACGAGGCGGAGAUGCAUCUGCAAGUACCUCUGUAGAACACACGCCCAGGAUGAGCCCAUCUUCCUCCGCCGCUCUGUCUCCCCUGCUCGUCGACACGGUGCGAGACGGCAGCCCUCCUGCGGCAACCAGGAUCGACAUCGAUCCCGGCCCUGCAUCCUCUUCAUCACCACUCGUCGACACGCUCGCCGCGACGCCUGCUCCAGCCAACGAAACUAUGUCACGGCGCCCUUCUCUGAACCGCCCACAAGCCUUUUCGGGCGUUUCGGCAGCGGAAACGAACUCCGUGACCGUCGCUAGCGCUCCCCUCGACGCCCAGCAUGACAGCGCCUCAUCCGCCUCCCCCAUAUCAAGCCGCUGCUCCAGCGUAGAGCCUACCUACCACCCGCAGCUCUGGAGUAGUAGCAGCUGCGGCGAAACAAUCAGCGACGAGGGAGCAACGACGCCGAGCAGCAACAGCAGCACCACCAAUAUCAACAGCCCAAGCGCAUUUGCUGUCACACAGGGCGGAGAGUGGUCUAGCUGUACGUCUCCAGAUGUCGGGCCCGUGAAGACUGUCGUUGCAGUGACGGGGCAAGAGCAGGGGAAUGCUGUGGAUAAGACACCAAUGCUCCAGCACCACAGCUCAAGUCAAGCGGCACAGGGGCUGCAUCCUAACGAGGACGAGGCCGACAGCGCCGGAUCCCCAUCGCAAGAGUCCGAUCCGUCCACUAUCACUCAACAGCAUCACUUCGCCGACAACCUCACAGUGGACAGCGACGUCUCGUCAACCACCCUUCCAACCUCACCUUACUCCCACUCGCACGGCGUCCCCGUCCUGAGCAAAGCCAUCUCCCGCAUGCAAAUGCUUCAGCGGACAGACAGCAGCACGAGCAGCCGUUCGGAUCAUUCUCCUCUUGCUGGCACCUCGUCCGCAGACGAGGAAGCCGUCGCAAGCCAUGAUGACGAGCUUGGUCUUCCUGCAACAAGCCAUCGAAAGUACAGAAGCGAGUCAGCGAGCGCUAGCGGAAGCCGUACGAGUAGCAGGAAAUGCUCGGCCACGUCGUCGACUUCAUCGUCGCGACGCCCAUCGUCGUCUUCUUCCCCCGCUGCCACUGCGGCAGCAGCAGCACGCAAGGCCCGCUUUUGGGGCAGUGAGACGGACGCCUCCUCCCCACGCAUCAGGCAGUGGGGUUCCGUGGCUAUGGAGGCAAGCAGUAGCGCGGAUAGCGCAAUGAGCGCUAGCGGCAGUCGAAGCGCGAGUGGAAGCGGGACCGGCAGUGGGGGUUUGUGUAGCCCUUCCUACGAGGCGGCACCGACAAUGCACGACGAAGAGGACACACUCGGUUCUUCAGGGUUCGGACGUCGUGCCGCCUCCACCUCUUCCUCGUCAGACGACAAGAAGGAAAGGCGUCGCAAGUCAUCCUCCUCUUCGCGUUCGCGCAAAGAAAGGGAGCGUGAACGAGCAGAAGCCUGCUCACUAGCAGACGAUGAGGACGCGGGUUCCUUCUUCCCUCGCAGCACCACAAGCAGGGGAAGCAGUCGAGGUCGCAAAGCCACUGCGGGCGCUUCGCUGGGCUCAUCGUCAAGCUUUUCAUCCAGCGCAUUUGAGGACGAGGGAGCUUUGGGAGGAUUUUGA